AUGAAGUUAGCAAUUUUACUUUCUUUUGGUGGCCUGUUCGGUAUCGAUUUUAUUAUAAUGUGGCGAAAGUUGCCCCCGCACCACUCCCGCCUCCACCUCCGCCCACACAAUGCAAAUGUUUAUGUGAAACAAGCAGUUCCUGUUGUGUCAGUACCUGCAGUUCCUGCUUUGAGUUUCCGUGCUAAUUGGUCUUAUCAACCUUGGGUUCCAACUUUCCACACUGCAAAUGUUGCAGUUCAAGCAUCUAAAACCAAAGGCUUUGCAGCGUCUGCAGAUGCUGUUGGUGUUGUAGAACACGACGCGAAGACUGAUGAUGAUGGUUUCGAUGACGCAAAGUAA